CCCCCCUCUCCCCUUCCCCCCCCCUAAAAUAUCAACAACAAAAACAAACCGAGAACCAAGAAAAUCAAGAAACCAAAAUCUCAAAACUCUCUUCUUCAUGGGCUCCUUCAUUGAGACCAUCCAAAAGAGCAAAUUCAUCCCAACAAUGCCCUACAAAGAUGACCUCCCCAUCUCCCGAUCAAACCCCGACCCUAACCCCAGCAUAAGGAAGAGGAUCUCCUCCUUCUCGGUGAGGAUCCAGCCCCUCUCAACCGCAUCCACCGCGUGGGCCUUCCGCAAGUCCAAGUCCAUGCCGUCUCUCGGAGACUUCGCCGGCGGCCCGUUGAAGAGAUGGUGGGCCUCAAGCUGGGCCUGGAUCCUCUCCAGAAAGCCCACAUUCGCCAAAGAUCUUGAGAUGAACGAGGAGGAGGUGUCAAUGCUUGGCUGCCACAGUAGAGGGAGCCUUAAGCAUUUGUUCUACAAAGUGAGGUCUGAGAUAAGGAAGCUUGUGAGGUCUCAGACGCUGCCAACGACAGCGGCGCAGGGGUUUAGGUACGAUUCCUUCAAUUAUGCCAAGAACUUUGAUGAUGGGAAGAGAGGGGAUAAUUAAUGAGGGUUUGGUUCGAAUGGGGAUAUGUUUGAUAUGUUCAUUUGUUAUUAUUAUUGAGAUCUGUUAUUUUUUUUUUUUUUUGUUAAUGCCCUUGAAAUGAAUGUUAUAUAUUUGGUGUAUGAUUUGAGAAAUUGUGAUUUGGAUCUAUAGAUAUUGUUCUUGUUGUGAGAGGUAGGGGAGGCAAUUCUUUGGAUCUUGGCGAGUACGUACUUUAAUGGUUAGUUUGGUUAAGAAGAUCUACAUUUAUUCGCAUGGUA